AUGGAUAAAUUUCAUGAAGCACUCUUCCUGGCCUUCAUCUCAAUCCUUUCCUGUGACAUUCCACGGAUCGAUUUCAACUCACCAGGGUAUCCAGCUCCGGCGGGGAUGACGUCAUCGGCGAUGGCAGCAAAUCAGAUCGCGGCUAUGAGCGUGAUUCCUUUGAAGGGCUUAGCGUUAGUCUUUGCUUCAGCGUCGGUGUUACCUCCGGCAUCAGAGAGAAUCCGAAGAGCUCUUCUGGUUCAGGCUUUGAACUGCUUGGUACUCUCUGCCAUCUGUUUAAAUUUUGCUAGAAUGUGCCAUCUCACAUUGCUCUCUGGAUUACCUGUUUUCCAAGGCAUGGGGUUGCUUCUCACUCUCUUCUCCUUUUUCUUCUGGUUGGUCAAGACGCUUCCUCGUUGA